CAGCCAACAAACAUUGUCUGUCGACCUACCGGACGUCAAAAUUGGCCCACUCCCCAAUCGACUGUCUCUAGGCCCGAACGACAGCCUGUCACGGAGACCCACAAACUUUUCCUCUCUCCCGACAAAAACGAUGCCUUGGGUCCGCCUCAGGACAGGCUUGUGUAUGGUUCACAAUGUUCCCAGGCUGGCUCCGCCCUGGCGGAGUGUGAAAAGAACAUAGGACGUCGCUGCGACCGAGAAAAAGAGAGGACAGCAUUCGAAGAGAAGGCGAUUGUGAUCCGCAACGAAGGACACUGCAAAGCGGGACUGGUAGAAUCAGUAAAGAUUUGUCCAGAAAAUCCUGCAAGCAGUGGAGAAAAUGGGCACACGCCUCAACGAACACGGAAAGGAAUGAUGAACGAGAGGAAAAACAUUAAGUGGGAACUGGAGAAAAACUCGGGCUCUGAGAGCGAAGGUGAGACAGAAGUGAGGGACAACGAAGAUAUGAUAAAUGUUUCAAAAAAUAUAAAUAAAGAAAAAAGGAAACCUAUUACACAUGCCUCAGAAGCACUGAUGGCAGAGGAAGCCUCUGGGAUCUCCACUUGCGAAACCAGGAAUAAUGCUAAAAUGCAGGUACCAAUUUCAAUUGAGCACACCGAAACUGUAGACCUAAUUACACCGAGGAAUUUGCGAGAGAAAGAGAGUAGAGUGGAAGAAAAUAAAGUAGAGCAAAAACAUCAUGACAUUAAGAAAGUGGGUGAGUCUAUGAAGAGAGAGGGAGAUCAGCCUGAGCGGAGGAGUGUGGAGAAACCUCCGCCUGAAGUGGUAUCCUCUCAGAUGCAGGCCAGGCUUGUAGAACUCUUCUCGCAUGCAGAAGUGGUUCGGAUGAUUGCAUCUGCGGCCACUUCGGCCGUGCUUUCCAGCAUGGCUGGAUGGGACAGAGGUGACGCAAGCCCAUGUUGCCCAAACUUGGAAGAUGUACCUGUCAGGCGACAGGAGGCGAGCGCCAUCAGCCUUCAUUCGGAUAGACCUGAUCCAGCGGCCUUUAGGCCUCGAGACGACUGGUUCGCGUCCGAACCGACUUCAGACAGAGCCUGUGCAUGGUCGGACCGCUUAAGCCGCAGGGACUCGGACAUUCGGUUGGCCGAGCAGCAAAUGCAGAAGCCUCGAGAUCCCCAAGGCCUAAUUGCGGAGGAUGAGAAGCCAAAGACAGACGAACGAAUCCAAGUCGACACUCCGAUCAAAUGGAGUGACGCGGAUGAAGAUGAAAGGUCACCGGUAGAAUGUGAAAAGUUUGGUGUGGAGUCGAAAGAGGAGGACGAAAUAGCAGAUCUUUCUGUCACGAGCGACAUCGACGAUUUUCUGUCAAGCUUGAAUUUGGCCCUUGAUAUUGACAGGGCAGAAUAUACCACUCUUGUUGCUACAAGAGGACCUACCAAUUUUGGCAGUCUGAGGAAAGUAAGCCCAAAGCUUUUUGCUGUUCUCCACUCUUAG